AUGGACACCCGACCAGGUGCAGCAGCGGACGCGCGCUACGGCGUGCGUCCUCCUGGAGCGAACGCCUUUCGCUUGAAAUCCGACGAGCUCCGCCGCACCAACAGUCGGAGCGGGAGCUCUACCGGCUCGGAAGAUGUUGACAUGAAGGACGCGUCUCCCGCGUUCGCCUCGUCGAAUCGAUACCAACGUCCGUCGUCUGCGUCUUCUACCGUCUCGUCCACCUCCAGUCAGAGCCGCCCGCUGUCGCGUGAACGUACCGCUGUUACCCACACGUCAUCGGCCAGUAGUCGCUUGAUGGCACCCACUGCCUCUUCGUUAGCGCAUCGAACGGCAUCGCGACUGAAGUAUCCUUCGUCAACUGGAUCGGUUCCGUCGUAUGCUCGACCGACAGCCAGCAGCGCCACUGGGAGGUACCAAAUGUCGAGAAUCCCGUCAGCGCCAACGAAAUCGACGUACGGCAGCAGUACAAGCAGGUAUCAAUCAGCCACAUCAGCUUCAGCUGCAAGUCCUAUGCCCACAAAGUCUUCCUAUGCUGGAGCAAGUACAGAUAGCCGAUUUCAGACCAACUCGUUGGGGUCUCAGCCUUCUUAUGGCGCAAGUAGGAUGCAGCAGCGUGCGCCGAUGGCGCUACCGCACCAGACUGAUGUCGAGGAGGCUACUCCUUCAUCAGAUACGACAGAGAUGAUGGACUGCGAAGACCAAAUGGAUCAGCAGAAGCAACGCCAGGUAGAAGAGAUGCGGCAACCGCCAAAAGCGUGGAGCUUGAACGAUUUCGAGAUAGGACGCGAACUGGGCACCGGAAAGUUUGGCCAAGUAUACCUUGCGCGCGAAAAAAACUCGCGGAUGGUGGUUGCUCUCAAGAUGUUAGUGAAAGAACAGCUGAAAACUGCAGGUGUUGCGCACCAGCUGCGCAAGGAGGUGGAGAUUCACUCGCGCAUUCGGCAUGAAAACAUCUUGCCGCUGUAUGCCACGUUUCAGGACGCUACGCGAGUGUAUUUAGUGCUGAAGUAUGCUGGAGGCGGGGACCUUUACAAGAAGAUGCGUUCUAUGCCUGGACGACGGUUCCCGGAGCGCCAAGCCAUGCUAUAUACUGCUCAGCUUGUCAGUGCUUUGGAGUCGUGCCAUCAGCAGCACGUAAUUCAUCGCGAUAUCAAGCCUGAGAACCUCCUGUUAUCUGACGAGGGUACAAUCCAGCUUGCUGAUUUUGGCUGGUCAUCCGCGAACGUGACGGCAGCUACCCGUCGUGACACGUUAUGCGGCACUCUAGACUAUUUAUCGCCGGAGAUGAUUCGCGGUGAGAAAUACGACGAGUCGGUGGACAUUUGGGCGGUUGGGAUCAUCAUGUACGAGCUUCUGGUGGGCAAGCCUCCGUUUGAAGCACCGGGACAAAAUGGGACUAUUGAGCUCAUCACCGAAGGCCAGCUUCACGUGCCUCCCAUGGUAUCCCUGGCGGCGAAGGAUUUGAUGACACGGGUCUUGCAAAAGCUUCCGGAAAGACGUCUUUCUCUGCAGGAGAUCAAAGCUCAUCGCUGGUUUGCCCCUCUUGCUGCCCGCCAACGAUCGUUUAGACGCUGA